UAAAAUUAAGAAUAGUAAAAAGCUCUUCAUUUGCAUAAGAAAAAAACAAAAAACAGAAAACAAAAAAAAAAGACAAAGUAAGGAGGCCAGACAGCAGACCCGUCUCUCUCCGUCUCCAUCUCCGCCAUGACCAGCUCUUCCGCUCCUUCACGCAAGGCUUUAAGCAAGAUCGCGUGUAAUAGGUUGCAGAAAGAGCUUUCUGAGUGGCAAUUGAAUCCCCCCACUGGAUUUCGUCACAAAGUCACUGAUAAUCUUCAAAAAUGGACAAUAGAUGUUACCGGAGCUCCAGGGACACUUUACGCUAAUGAGACUUAUCAGCUUCAGGUUGAAUUUCCUGAACAUUACCCUAUGGAAGCACCCCAGGUAGUGUUUGUUUCUCCGGCACCUUCACAUCCACAUAUAUACAGCAAUGGACAUAUUUGUUUAGAUAUUCUAUAUGACUCAUGGUCACCAGCAAUGACAGUGAAUUCAGUCUGCAUCAGCAUUCUUUCGAUGCUAUCAAGUUCACCCGCAAAGCAACGCCCUGCGGAUAACGAUCGUUAUGUGAAGAACUGUAAGAAUGGGAGGUCUCCUAAGGAGACGAGGUGGUGGUUCCAUGACGACAAGGUUUGAUGCACGACCAAGAUUAAAGAGAAGCCUUAAUAUGUUAAUGAUGACAUUUAAAAAUGUCAAAACCUAACUUUUUGUCUCACUCUUACUAUGGAAUAUGUCAAGUGAAGAGCUCUGAAUUACAUAAGAGAACACUGAGAGCGGGAAUCUAUAUUUCGUACUGAACAUGUCCACAAAAAGAUCAAUUAAUGCUAAACAAUAAGUUGUCAUUAAUGCCAAUAGUUAUUACACAAAUGUUUUUUUCAUCCAAAUGUCUCUAAAAAUGUAUAUAUACAUUUAUUAGGAUUUUUGAUUUUCUGAUUUGG